AUGUGUUGUCCAAACAUUGUGGACAUGCUCCCCGUUUUGAAGUAUGCGCGAAACAAAACGGACGCACUGACUCGCAAACAAGUUAUCCGGUACAAGGUGCCAGUGACGAACAAAUGGCUACCAGUGAACAAGGAGAAAAAUCAAGACUUCUGUCUGCACAAUGAGGAGGUUUUCUCAAAAGUUCUGGACGACUUGAAGCUGCCCGAAAGUGGGCUGGAUGCGGUAUUCGCUGAUGAAAUUCGACUGUGGAAGAAGCCUGAUUCCACUACGCAUACGCGUUUGGAGGAGAUCGAGUUGUUCAUCGAGGAAGUCCGGAGUCAAUUGGAAGAGGAACGCAAAACAUACUCUGAGUCAGUUCUAAACAUUGUGCAUCACUUUGUGUGA